UAUAAACCAUUUGAAAAAAAUGUAAUUUAAAUUAUCUUUUUUAUUUGUUUUUAAAAAAGAGUUAUUAAGUAAUGUAACUAUAGCCCCUUACUUUACCGAUCUCGUGCACCAGGUGUCGAUCCGUAAGUCCCCGAAUAAUUCAGUGUUUUCGAGCCUAUCAAAUUCAGCUCAGCUUUAAUGGCUAAUACGUGCGGCGCAUGCCCAAAGGUCUGGGUCGCCCACUGGGCCAAAACUUUCUUCGCCGGCUUCUCACAACCGAACUGGCCAGUUGACCGCCGCGGCUCGUCAUGUUUAAACGCGAAAGUAAAAGUUUUCUCAGCCUUGGGUUGAUACUGCUCCUGGUGUUGGGCGUAGCUCAGCUCCAGGCCGAGGUCCUCGACGAGGACUCGCAGCAGGCUAAAUUCGAGUGGCCAUCGUUUCCUUGGAGCCGCAACAAGACCAACAAGAACACCCACUCGUCCCUCAACGAUCUGGAUUUAAAGAACGAUUACAGCCAGAUGGAGUUGGCCAACUUUGGAGACUUUGAUCGCAACCCGUGCAGAAGAGUGUGCCAGCAGGGUCAGUCCCAGAACUGUUAUUACCAGCUAGUGGUUCACAAUUACCAGAGACUGGGCCCAGAGUGUCAGAGGUGUCAGCAGGACGAAAGGGCCUGCGCAGCGGAGCAUUGUAUCUUCGGCGAUGGCGUCGCCACUCCUGUGAUGGCAGUUAAUCGAAUGGUGCCAGGACCUCCGAUCGAACUGUGCGAAAAUGAUACUAUAGUGGUUGACGUACUGAACUAUCUGGGUGAACCCACCUCCAUGCACUGGCACGGUGUCCACAUGAAACGUACUCCCGAAAUGGAUGGCGCUCCCUACGCCACCCAGUAUCCUUUGCAGCCGGGCGAAGUCCAGCGGUAUGAGUUCCAGGUGGAUCGGAGUGGUUUGCUUUGGUAUCACAGUCACGUUGGCUGGCAGAGGGGCUUCGGUGUGGCAGGGGCCCUAAUCGUCCGCCAAACGCGGCAGCAGAACGUCCACGCCCAACUCUAUGACUAUGAUCUCGGGGAGCACACGUUGAUGAUACAGGACAUCUUUUACAACUACAACCUGCAGGACGUUCGCAAUAUCCUAGUGAAUGGAAAAGGGCGCAACCAUCUCAGCCAGCUACCCGAUAAUGACAAUCGCCAUCGGUACGAAAAACUUCGAGUUACGCCGGGCUACCGCUACAGGAUGCGAGUGGUCCUUAAUGGAAUCGCCAACUGUCCUGUGGAGUUUUCCAUAGAACAACAUAAACUUUUAAUCAUCAGCACCGAUGGCAAUGACAUCGAGCCUGUCUUGGCAGAUGGCUUCUUCCUGACCUCCGCCGAGCGAUUUGAUUUCAUCUUGGAGGCCAAUCAGUAUGCGAAGAACUAUUGGAUCAGGGUGCGUGGGUAUGAGAUGUGUGAGGAUAGAAAUCUCUAUCAAGGAGCUGUGCUCAGCUAUCGCGGAUCUGCUCGCACUGAACUGCCACAAGGAAGCGUCCUAGAGAAUCAGAAAGGCCGCUCUGAGGAGGAUGACUCCGUUUGGGUCAACGAUUACCGUUUCCGGUCGCCAAAUUCAACCGAUAAAUCCUCCCUGCGCCAAUCAUUGGACAAGGACAACAACGUAGGCACGGUGGCCCUGCGUUCCGUGGAACCAGUCUCCUGGUCGCGCUACACAAAAUUCCUGACCCACUACUCUACCUUCGGAUCGCGAAUGGCACCCAAUGGAGAAGAGCUAUUCCAGAUCGAUGACAUCUCUUACAUCUCCCCGGCGAUAUCACUGUUGCAGGGUCGUUAUCUCUACCAGGACGACGGUUACUUUUGCAACAAAAGCUCUCUGGCUCGCGAGGGUCGUAAUUGCGAACGGGAGCAGUGCGAGUGUACUCACGUGAUCCGCUUUCCAGCAUACAGGCAUGUUGAGAUGGUGGUGGCUAACUUAAUGGACAACACACAUCCCUUCCAUCUCCAUGGCUAUACGUUCCGCUUGGUGGGACAGGGAGUCCUUGGCAAUGCCAACGAUGCACGUAAUAUUCGAGAACUUGAUCGUCGAGGCCGCCUCUCCCGUUUGAAUGAUGACUAUGUCGCAGUGGCCAAGGACACAGUUCAGAUUCCGGGUCUCGGCUACAUAAUAGUUCGCUUUGUCACUAAUAAUCCUGGAUUUUGGUUAUACCAUUGCCAUAUUGAAGCCCAUUCUGUACAAGGUAUGGUGGCAGUCCUGAAAGUUGGCGAAGACCAUCAAAUGAAACGCAUUCCGGCACGCGUGCGUUGCUAA